GCGGUUAAAUCUCUUCGAAGAAGAAAAAGGUAAGCGCCAUGACACAUCGCACAGCUGCUUGAAACAACGACAGCAAAGAAUGAAAAUAUUAUUUUGAUUUGGUUAUAUUUCAGCGUUUGUAAAUUCAGAGGAGAUUGUCUUUAGUUUUACACCAUGGAGCCGACAGCGCCCAAAAGCAAGCUGAAGAAACUGAGUGAAGACAGUCUAACAAAACAACCAGAGGAGGUCUUUGAUGUUCUGGAAAAACUUGGUGAAGGGUCCUAUGGCAGUGUGUUUAAAGCCAUCCAUAAGGAGUCAGGCCAGGUGGUGGCUAUCAAACAGGUGCCUGUUGAGUCAGACCUCCAGGAGAUCAUCAAGGAGAUAUCCAUCAUGCAGCAGUGUGACAGCCCCUAUGUGGUGAAGUACUAUGGCAGCUACUUUAAGAACACAGACCUGUGGAUAGUGAUGGAGUACUGUGGAGCCGGCUCUGUUUCAGACAUCAUCAGACUACGCAAUAAGACGCUCACAGAGGAUGAGAUAGCCACCAUCCUCAAGUCCACAUUGAAAGGUCUGGAGUAUCUGCAUUUCAUGAGGAAGAUCCACAGAGACAUCAAGGCAGGCAACAUUCUCCUCAACACAGAGGGCCAUGCCAAACUGGCUGACUUUGGAGUAGCGGGACAACUCACGGACACGAUGGCAAAGCGGAACACAGUGAUCGGGACUCCGUUCUGGAUGGCUCCAGAGGUCAUCCAGGAGAUAGGAUAUAACUGUGUGGCAGACAUCUGGUCCCUGGGCAUCACCUCUAUAGAGAUGGCUGAGGGCAAACCUCCCUACGCUGAUAUACAUCCCAUGAGGGCUAUUUUCAUGAUCCCAACCAACCCUCCACCUACGUUCAGGAAGCCUGAGCUGUGGACAGACGACUUCACACACUUUGUAAAGAAAUGUCUGGUGAAGAACCCAGAACAGAGAGCUACAGCCACGCAACUACUACAGCAUCCGUUCAUCACGGCAGCCAAGCCAGUCACCAUCCUGAGAGACCUGAUCACUGAGUCCAUGGAGAUGAAGGCUAAGCGACAACAGGAGCAGCAGAGAGAGCUGGAGGAGGAGGACGACUCUGAAGAGGAGGUGGAAGUGGACUCCCACACCAUGGUGAAGUCUGGGUCAGAGGGGGCUGGCACCAUGAGAGCUACCAGCACCAUGAGUGACGGAGCUCAGACCAUGAUCGAGCACGGCAGUACCAUGUUAGAGGCAGACCUGGGAACCAUGGUCAUCAACAGUGAUGAGGAGGAGGAGGACAACGAUGAAGGCUCAAUGAGGAGACACCCCACCUCCCAGCAGGCCCUGAGACCCUCCUUCAUGGACUACUUUGACAAGCAGGACUCUAAGGUCCAACAGGAGAGCUAUAACCAUAACCGGCAGCAGGAACCAGGCUAUCACAUCAGCCAGGCUAAGAACGUCUUCCCUGACAACUGGAAGGUUCCUCAGGACGGAGACUUUGACUUUCUGAAGAACCUUGACUUUGAGGAGCUGCAGCUGCGUCUGACGGCUCUGGACCCCAUGAUGGAGAGAGAGAUCGAGGAGCUGCGCCAGCGCUACACCGCCAAGAGACAACCCAUCCUCGACGCAAUGGACGCCAAGAAACGCAGACAGCAGAACUUCUGAAGAGCCUGACCUGAGGAACACAUUCUGACCUGGGCCUGUGUUCAUACAGCGUCUCACAUUCCAGAGUGCUGAUCUAGGCUAAGGUCCACUUUCCAUGUAAUCUUAUUCCUUAUGAUCUAAAAGGCAGAACUGAUGCUAGAUCAGCACUCUGGCAGCAGAACUGCUGAGGACCUUAGAGAAGGCAUGGUGCUUUCUGUUAAGACCUGACCAAGGGAGAGGAGAGACCUGACAGCUCUCUGGAAUUGAAUUCAACCUGUGCUCCUAAAUGUCCAUUUUCUCAUCACCACCCCAGUAAUCAGGAUGACUCCAGUCCACACUAUUUCCCCAAGCGCUCUGGACUAAUGUAACAAUUCUUAGCCUCCCCAUCUGUUAAUGAUGAACCUGUAGGUAGCCUCACAUCUCUGUUAAUUAUGAACCUGUAGGUAGCCUCACAUCUCUGUUAAUUAUGAACCUGUAGGUAGCCUCACAUCUCUGUUAAUGAUGAACCUGUAGGUAGCCUCACAUCUCUGUUAAUGAUGAACCUGUAGGUAGCCUCACAUCUCUGUUAAUGAUGAACCUGUAGGUAGCCUCACAUCUCUGUUAAUUAUGAACCUGUAGGUAGCCUCACAUCUCUGUUAAUUAUGAACCUGUAGGUAGCCUCACAUCUCUGUUAAUUAUGAACCUGUAGGUAGCCUCACAUCUCUCUGUUAAUUAUGAACCUGUAGGUAGCCUCACAUCUCUCUGUUAAUUAUGAACCUGUAGGUAGCCUCACAUCUCUGUUAAUUAUGAACCUGUAGGUAGCCUCUCAUCUCUCUGUUAAUGAUGAACCUGUAGGUAGCCUCACAUCUCUCUGUUAAUUAUGAACCUGUAGGUAGCCUCAUAUCCCAAAGUAUACUUUUCCUAAAGACGUUUCUCCCCUUUAUAAAUACUAGCUGGGUUUCUCCUAGCUCUGCUACUGUUAUCAGGCUCUUGGGGAAAUUAACCAGCAGUUAUGGAAAAUAAUAUUAAAGUUACUUGUAGACUUUCUGCAUUGUAAUUUCAGAUAAUGUCCAGAAUAUAUCUGCAGUAAUAGUGGAAUGAUGGUGUUUUACACAACCAAAACAAUGUCUGAUUGA